AUGCUCCAUGUCCAUUCUGCUUCGCAAUACCAGAUUCCCGCUGCCUGUUCUGUGUCUUCCGAAUCAACCCUCGUAGCUUAUGUGGAUGUAGAUGAUAAUCCUUUCGACAAUGCUGAAGAUGCUGCCACAAUGAAUUUGACCUCCACUUUCAUCGAAACCGUGACUUACGAAGAUUCUGCCGCCAAUGAACCAUAUGAUAUGACUCAGACCUCAUGGGCCAUCAAAGCCACAGAAGAUGAAGCCGCCUCCUCAGCCAUCGAGACAAUUGGCUUCCAGACUCACGCACCUGCAGAUCCACCAUCUAGACAACACGAGAUGCAGCAAAACAUCCUUCCCCCUCCCACGAAAGCAUUGACGGUCCAGACGAAUGAAGCUGCUCGCAAAUCCUUCUUCAGUACUUCAGCUUCGUCUUCUUCACGGGCGUCGACACCCUUUCUUCCAAAUACACCUAAAAACUUCGGUCAGUCCGACGCGUCGGAGGCCAGAGCUGCUCGUGAAUCCAUCUUCGAUACCUCAGCAUCCAGAUCUUCCUCACAUUCUUCAACGCCUCUCUUGACCAGUACUCCUAGAAAUGCAUCAUUUUUCUCCAAGUCAAUGACGCGAGAAGUAAAACGGAUGGACUCACGAGAAACGACACCCGGCCAUGCUCCAAAACUCAUGCUGCCUCCACCACCACCAGUUCUACAUAGCAUCUCGAAAUGA